CUCACACCACCGCCGCCCCGCACGCCGCCCCCACCGCCGCAGCUGUUUGGUCGCCGUGGCAGCCCGCCGCCUACGACGAGGUGCCACCAUAACGAGGGUAGUGGCUACACGAUGCGGCCCUCGUGGCACCGGCCGCAGCUGCACAUCCGGCGGGACCUGCACCCGCCGCCGCCACCGCCACCGAGCGCCACCGUGACCAGCGGCAGCAGCGCCACCCCCGCCGCCGCGUCCGCCCCCGAGUCGCUGCUGUUCCGGCGGAGGCCGCCAGAACCGCCAGACAUCUCGCCGCCUCCGCCGCAGCAGCCGCCGAGGCCUUCGGCGCCACUGCCCGCUCCGCCCCCGCCACCUCCUCCGCCGCCGCCUAGGGAGACGCCGUCCGCCGCCCCCAGAGAGACGCCGCCUCCCCCGACCGUUCCACCUCCGGCGCCGCCGCCGUCGCAGUCGCAGCCCUCCACUUCCAAGACGGAACCCCCGCAACCGCCUCCGCCGCUCCGACCUCCGCAGCAGAGGCCGUCCACCAGCAAGAUGCACGGCUUCAGCAUCGAGGAGAUCAUGCGGCGCUGACGCGGCUCGCCGCCCCCUGCCGCCGCCCCCUGCCGCCGCCCCCGACGUGCUGCCACCCUGUCUGAUCUCAAAUACGACUUCCUCUGACAGAACAGCGGGCCGGGCCGGACGUUCGCUGCUAGCGUGUGUUUAGAACUGUCACCUGGUUACACCCAGUAACUAUUUAAACACGGUGCAACCAGGUACUGUCGGCAAAACAACUGAUCCACGGAAUUACUGAUGUUUCCUUUCUAAUGUAAUGACCGAAAUAUUUUGUGGUCGCUCCAUCAGCAGGUAUUUUCCUUCAGAAUGUCGUCCUGUUACUGUUCCAGAAACCAUUGUUGGAGCACUUUGUACAAAAUACGAGCUUGACAACAUCGUGUGCUGUAUGAUUGAAGACGAUGUUUCCAGAGCGACGUUAGCUGUUGCGUGUGAAUUGUGUUAGAUUUAUAUUUUACAGAGUGGUAGAAUAAAAGGCAAUCACGUGUUGCAAAUAGGUUUUUAAUCGUAAAUAUAUGGUUGUCUCGGCUAUAAAGAACUGCCUGCUGUGAACGUCCCUUCGAACUUGAUGUAACAGAGGCGUAGCUUUGAGAACGAUUUAGCUUGUGAAGUGUUUAGAAGGUUUUUGCCUUAGCCUGUUGGUGGAAGAACCGAAACAUUAUAUUAACACACGUUCUUAUUUAACACGUUGCAGUCUGAGAGGUCAUUGUACCUUACGGAAGUUAUCAUGUUGGCCGGAGAAUGAAACAAGAACAAGAUACGGAGAAGAUAGACAUACGUGUAUGGAUAUAGUAAUUAGUCCGCUCAAGUGCUAAAGGAGAGGUGCUUUUGCUUCUUCAAUUCAUUCACCUAUAUUACUCCGAAAUUAAUUGAUGUUUUUGAAAAGUGCAGCUGUUUACGACUGUUUGUGCUUUGUGACAUGAAGAUAUUUGCCCGAAUGAAGUGAGAGGAAAGAAUGCGCUUGUUUCGCCUCCUGUGUGUUUCUCCUCUCCCUCUCUACCAUCUUUCAUCCCAGUGGAAUGUUUCGCAUCCGUUUCCCAUAUAGGAAACUUGUCCACCCACAGUGUUGUUUGUGUUGUGCAGCGUACUUGUCUGACGGCAAUACACUCGCAUUCGGCAACAUGAUACCUUUAUUUAAUCUUUCUAGCGAGAGUGGACCCCCCUGCACCAUGUAAACUACGAAUUCAAAUCCAUCCCAGUUCCAAAGAAGCUCUUCCACAUAUUAAGUGCGAGGAAGUAUUGAAGUAGAACAGAACGUUAUGUAAAUAGUGAAGUGGCUGUUUUCGAAGUGAUUUUGGGAGUGGCCUUCAGUGCAACAAACUUCGCAACGGCUACGAAGAAAUGAAGCUCAAUUUAAUAUUUAUUUCACCGUUUUAUGACACUUGUACAGCUUAUAUGUGUUGGUAGUUCCUUAAUUUGUUGUUUUGUUUAUAGGUUUACUGUUACCUUAGUGGUGUGGUAGUUCCAGAGUUACUUGGAUGGACAGAUACGACGGGAGCAGAAGUGUAUAUAGUAGCUGAGCUUGCUGGAUACUCAUCUCUUACUUGGGGCUAAUGUCAAGGGAACAGAAUAUGUAGAAGCUUGAAUUUGGUGUUCGACAAACAGAAUAAAAUGUAAAAUCGUACCAAAUGUACUAAUGAAAUGUCUUGCUGUUAAUGUACAAAUGUCCCACGAGCACCAAAGACAACUAAGAUGAAACAAAGAAAUUCCUAUUCUGAAGUGGUUGCGGGAUGAUCUGAUGGUUAUCAUCGUCUGUAACAAUAAGAAGAUCUUUGCCAUUUUCUGGAGAAGGAAAGUUUUUCGAAAACAAACAAACAAAAAAAUAUAUCCUAUGCUUCUUUCGUGAAGUGUGUACAUAUGUUCAGUUUAAUGAGUUAUGUAAAUUUCGUUUAGCCGAUUUCUAAAUUUUAAUUACAUAUGAUGUAAUCUCUUGGUAAUAAAAUAUUGUUGAAUAAA